AUGGAAAGUGAGGCUCAAAUGAAAAGUGAGGCUCAAAUGAAAAGUGAGGCUCAAAUGAAAAGUGAGGCUCAAAUGAAAAGUGAGGCUCAAAUGAAAAGUGAGGCUCAAAUGAAAAGUGAGGCUCAAAUGAAAAGUGAGGCUCAAAUGAAAAGUGAGGCUCAAAUGAAAAGUGAGGCUCAAAUGAAAAGUGAGGCACAAAUAAAAAGUGGGGCGCAAAUAAAAAGUGGGGCGCAAAUAAAAAGUGGGGCGCAAAUAAAAAGUGGGGCGCAAAUAAAAAGUGGGGCGCAAAUAAAAAGUGAGGCGCAAAUAAAAAGUGGGGCGCAAAUAAAAAGUGGGGCGCAAAUAAAAAGUGGGGCGCAAAUAAAAAGUGGGGCGCAAAUAAAAAGUGGGGCGCAAAUAAAAAGUGGGGCGCAAAUAAAAAGUGGGGCGCAAAUAAAAAGUGGGGCGCAAAUAAAAAGUGGGGCGCAAAUAAAAAGUGGGGCGCAAAUAAAAAGUGGGGCGCAAAUAAAAAGUGGGGCGCAAAUAAAAAGUGGGGCGCAAAUAAAAAGUGGGGCGCAAAUAAAAAGUGGGGCGCAAAUAAAAAGUGGGGCGCAAAUAAAAAGUGAGGCGCAAAUAAAAAGUGAGGCGCAAAUAAAAAGUGAGGCGCAAAUAAAAAGUGAGGCGCAAAUAAAAAGUGAGGCGCAAAUAAAAAGUGAGGCGCAAAUAAAAAGUGAGGCGCAAAUAAAAAGUGAGGCGCAAAUAAAAAGUGAGGCGCAAAUAAAAAGUGAGGCGCAAAUAAAAAGUGAGGCGCAAAUAAAAAGUGAGGCGCAAAUAAAAAGUGAGGCGCAAAUAAAAAGUGAGGCGCAAAUAAAAAGUGAGGCGAGUGUAAAAAGUGAGGCGCAAAUAAAAAGUGAGGCGCAAAUACAAAGUGAGGCGCAAAUACAAAGUGAGGCGCAAAUACAAAGUGAGGCGCAAAUACAAAGUGAGGCGCAAAUACAAAGUGAGGCGCAAAUACAAAGUGAGGCGCAAAUACAAAGUGAGGCGCAAAUACAAAGUGAGGCGCAAAUACAAAGUGAGGCGCAAAUACAAAGUGAGGCGCAAAUACAAAGUGAGGCGCAAAUACAAAGUGAGGCGCAAAUACAAAGUGAGGCGCAAAUACAAAGUGAGGCGCAAAUACAAAGUGAGGCGCAAAUACAAAGUGAGGCGCAAAUACAAAGUGAGGCGCAAAUACAAAGUGAGGCGCAAAUACAAAGUGAGGCGCAAAUACAAAGUGAGGCGCAAAUACAAAGUGAGGCGCAAAUACAAAGUGAGGCGCAAAUACAAAGUGAGGCGCAAAUACAAAGUGAGGCGCAAAUACAAAGUGAGGCGCAAAUACAAAGUGAGGCGCAAAUACAAAGUGAGGCGCAAAUACAAAGUGAGGCGCAAAUACAAAGUGAGGCGCAAAUACAAAGUGAGGCGCAAAUACAAAGUGAGGCGCAAAUACAAAGUGAGGCGCAAAUACAAAGUGAGGCGCAAAUACAAAGUGAGGCGCAAAUACAAAGUGAGGCGCAAAUACAAAGUGAGGCGCAAAUACAAAGUGAGGCGCAAAUACAAAGUGAGGCGCAAAUACAAAGUGAGGCGCAAAUACAAAGUGAGGCGCAAAUACAAAGUGAGGCGCAAAUACAAAGUGAGGCGCAAAUACAAAGUGAGGCGCAAAUACAAAGUGAGGCGCAAAUACAAAGUGAGGCGCAAAUACAAAGUGAGGCGCAAAUACAAAGUGAGGCGCAAAUACAAAGUGAGGCGCAAAUACAAAGUGAGGCGCAAAUACAAAGUGAGGCGCAAAUACAAAGUGAGGCGCAAAUACAAAGUGAGGCGCAAAUACAAAGUGAGGCGCAAAUACAAAAGUAA